AUGGCGCCACGAACACGCUCCGCGACCAAGGCCAAGAAGGCGACCAGAAAGUCCCGCGCGCCCACCUACUACGGGUCCGAUGGAGAAUCUGAACUGGAGCUCUAUAGUGAUGAUGAAAUUGCCGACGACGAGGACGAAGAGGAUGAUGCCGACUACGUCGACCUCUUUGCCGGUCGUACCAAAGCGGAAAUCAUCUCUAGCAAGAACUUCAACUAG